AUGUUGGUAUUCUGGGCAGUAAGCACGCCCCUCACUAAUUCCAGUGUUCACACGUCUGCGGCCACUCUCCGCCAUGAUGAAAAUACUGUCACCUGCCACCAGGGGUCAGAGCACAGUUCCAAAACCUCAGUUAAUGUAGAAAUAUCUUUUGCCGAGUUUGAUUGUAACACUGUUACAAUCAGCCUACUCAUGAAACAGCCUAAUAAUAGAGCGCAUGACGAUGGCACACAUAGCAAGCUUCACCCCGUCACUCAUGAAGAAGUCCAUGGUGCUAUGGCAGGCUGGAAAAAACAGUGCAACACAGUAACAACCAAGAACAUUUUUCCAAGUUGUGUUGUGUCGACAACAUGUUUUUAUGCAUACGACAAGGAUGAAAAGUUGCUGUUAGAUCAUUUGACAGACAUUUUGAGCAAUAAUGCAAAAAUUGAUCACACCCAAAUUAAAGAGGUUGUUAACGGAAUGGUUUGUGCUUAUGAAGCUGAAGUUGGAUGGGUUCGUGCAAGAGUGAGCAAGAAGUGUAACUUAGCAUCUUGCAGUCUCCGACUGUAUCUUAGGAGUGAUACUGAUGUGGUGUACGUGCACAUUGUGUUGAUGGAUUAUGGUAACGUUUAUUGUGUGCCACAGGGAGACCUGAUGAUGGUGCCAAGGGACUUACAAGAUAUACCAUCAAAGGCUCAACAAUAUUUACUGAAAGAUGUUAUUAACAAUGACAGUUUGGAUAAGUCAUUGCAGGAAGAGGUAAUUUUAAAGCAUUACUCUCAUUCUGCCUCUACAUUGUUUUUGUGUAAUUUUGUUUUUAACACUUUGGCCAUUUCCCACCUAGGCAGGGUAACCAAAAAGAAAGAAAAAUAACUUUCAUCAUCAUUCAACAC